CCCCCCCCCUCCUCUCCGAGCAGGACAUCGCUCCCACCUUUCCUUUCCUGCCCGCGGUGCCUUUCCUCCCUUCCCUUCCCUUCUCUCUAUCUCUCUCUCUCUCCCCUCCCCCUCCCCUCUCCUCCACUGCCCAUCCCCAUCCCCCUCCUGCUGGUCCGGCAUGAGAGGCUCGCGUGGUCGCUCGGCCGGCUCGGGACCGAUGCCGCCUUAUCCCCUGCGCGAGAUCAAUCCCCUGCGGCUGGAGGAGCUCGGCGCCCGGCCGGCAUCUCUCCUGUCGCGGUGGGGGGAUGCCCUCUCAAGGCGACUCGGCUUCAUCGGGACGUUUCUGCUGCUGGUGGGAUCCAUCGUGCUCUUCUUCGCAUCCUGCGCCCCGGACCUGUGGCGUUAUGGGUACAAGGCCUUGCCGAUCAUCUUUGGUCUCAUCUCCCUGGUCGCGGUGGCCUCCAUGCUGGCCGCCUCUCAGUCGGAUCCCGGGUACAUGCCCAUUCGAGUGGUGGACCUGCUCGCUGAGGACCCCUUCAUGGACACAGUGGUCCCGGUGGCUUUCAUCCUGCCCGAUCACAUCCCCCCACCGAAGAACUGCGUCGCCGGCAGCCCAUCCACCAUGCACGGCGUUGAGCUACGCUAUUGCGUCACCUGCUACUUCUUCCGGCCGCCACGCGCAUCACACUGCUCCGUGUGCCGGCGUUGUGUCGAUCGCUUUGACCAUCACUGUCCCUGGCUGUCGAAUUGCAUUGGCCGGCGAAAUUACCGGCACUUCCUGAUCUUUGUCCACUCCAUCCCGCUUCUGAGCAUCUACAUGAUCGGGGUGGCCAUCUUCCACUAUUACCUCCUCUGCACGCGCGGCCUCCCCCCCGGGGCUGCCGGCGGCGGCGGCGGCGGCGGUGGGCCGCUGUCCUUCCACGAGGCCCUGCGCUUGCGCCCGGGCCCGAUCAUCCUCGCCUCCUUGGCGGUGCUCUUCGUCCUGAUGAUCUCCGUGUUGCUGGCUCUUCACAUUCUCCUGCUCUACCACCAGAUGACCACCAUCGAGCGGUUCAACCGUCGGUACAAGUACAACCCCUUCGCGGUGGAGUCCUACUGGCAGAAUAUUCACACCAUCUUCUUCGGUCCGCGGGCCUUCCCCCUGACCCGCAUGCGCCGGGUCAUUGACCGGCAAAUUGACCUGGAGCAUGCGGCCGCCCUGUGUCGAAUGUCCGGGGAGUGCACCUGUGGUGCUGGCGCCGGCGCCGGCCCGGGGCACCUCUGCGGUGGGGAUCACUCGCCGACCUUUUCCAGCGGGGUGGCCAUCCCCCUGGUGCCGGUUGGCAGCGGGGCGGCCGGCACAUCGGUCUCCGGGACCGCCAGCACCGACUCGCACCACUCGCCGCCCCCUCAAUCAGCCGGUGGCGUGGCCGGCACCAUGCUGGCUGCUGGCGGUGCUGCUGGUGGUGGCAGUGGUGGCAGUGGUGGCGGCGGCGGCGGCGGCGGCGGCGGCGGCGGUGGCAGGUCCGAGCCGGGGGCUCGCCACCGCCGGCUAUCCGAUCGGCCCUCGCCCGGACUCCACCUCCGCGUCGGGCCAGCCGAUGGGUCCCCCUCGAUCGCCAUGGCCCAGGAGGAUGGCGACGACGAUGCGGCUCCCGGGACGCCGUUGUCCCCAGCCGCCGAAUCCCCUUCGCGCGGGGAGCUUCGUCCGAUUGUUGAGCACAUGCGAUGAGGGGC